UUUAAUGAAUUUUGAUUCAAAUUUCUUAAAGAUUAAUUUAUCUCAAUUUUUUAUAUUUUGGAAAAAUAUUUUGAUUCAAAAUUAUACUUCAAGUGAAAAUUUAGAUUAUGCUUUUUUUAAACAAAGUUUUCAAAAUUUAAUGCUAAGAAACUUAAGUUUAACUUGUCUAUUAAAUUUUUUGAGAAAUUUUGUUUUAACACCUGAGCUAUCCAAACAAGUUCAAUUUUUAUUAACAAAAUCCUUGAAUUUUAUCACUAGUUUUGAAACAAGUUUAAAUAAAUUUAAACUCUCUCUAAGACGUAAUUCUUCAACUUCUUCUUUAAAUCAAACUCUUUCAUUUAUUAAUUCAACUAUAAAUCUGGAUACAAUUCUGCUUAAUAAAAUAAGAAUCUAUCAAUGUUACUUGGCGUUGGCGAGUUUCAUUAAAAACGAUGUUAAUUCAAAUAUCUUAAUUUCAGCUUUAAGUAAUUUUUCCAACCCUGAAAUCUAUAAUCAUUCUAACAUAGAGUUUUUAAUACCCAACAAAAAUAGUAAUUUAGCAAGAUCUAAUUCUGUUAAAAGUAAAACUGAUCCAAAUAAUAUUUCUACCAAACAUGAAAUCCAAGAUAAUCUUGAUAAUAAUGAUCUAUUGUUAGCAAAUGAUGGAGUUUUCUAUGGUUUGACAAGCAAAUAUUAUUUCAGUAGAAUUCCAGAUUUAUCAGUUAAAUUUCCUUUAAAUAAAAAAGACAGUGAAAAACCCUUAACUUCCGAUGAUUUCGCUGAGUUGGUGAAUAAUAGUACCAACAUGAAAUCCAAAGCUGAUUAUUUAUUGUUUGAAGAUUCUAAAUACGAUGAUAUUGAUCACAUUUCUAUUCCUCCAGAUUCAAUAGAAUCAAAUUUUGUUAAAAGUCAUUUUUCUGAUCUGACAUGGAUAGAUACAUUUGAAAAUAAUAUAUUAUUUAGACCUUUUUCUCCUCAAUCAUUUCAUGACCCCUUUUUGUUAAUUUAUGAUGAUUCUUAUUCAGGUGUUGAUAAGUAUUCUUCAGGUUUGACAACCCAACUUAUUGAUUUAUCAAUUGAAGUAUUUAUUUUAUUUUUCUCAUCUUUACCAAGUCAAAUUCAGCAAUCUUUGCUAGAACAGCUUAGAUCCAAUAUUCUUUCUAAGAAAUCUUUAUUCUUGCGUUAUAAAGCAAUAGUGAUCAAUUCAUUUAUCACAAUUCAUGGAAUAUUACUGAGAUUUCAAAAAAAUAAUAUGAAACUUGACGGGCAAAUUUUUAUCACACUAAUGGAGAUGCUUUCUAGAAUUGACGUUAAAGAAAAGUAUCUUGUUCAACUCAAAUCUGAUUCAAUUGGUUUAGUGACAUCUCUAGCAUCUGAUAAGAACUUAAUUUCUGAGCAAGUUCAGAUUUUUGUAAAGAACAUUGUGGAUAAAAACGAACCUUAUUCAAGAUCAACCAAUUUAUUGAUAUUGUCAUCAAUUUAUAAGCAUUCUUCAGCAAAUUUCAAUCAAAUAAUGGAUCUACUCUUAACAUUGGUUAUUGAUUCGCAUCCAGUAGUAAACUUUUGGGCAUUGGAUUGUUUGGUGACAGUUUUAGAUUCUCGUUCAACAAUUCCAAAUGGUUUGUGUAUCAGGAUACUUCAAAUUUUAGAGAGAAUAUACAUUGACGAUUCAUAUAAUUUGAAUACUUCUUCUUUAUCAACAUUUAAUUUGAGUAUUAAAUUUAAUUCGAGGCAAGUUAUUUCAAGGCUUUUACGUUCUUUAAUAUUAAGCAUAGGACCUGGAAUCAUUGAACUUCAAUAUGAUAGUAAGAUUAUUUUGAGGAAUCUCAUUAUGAGCUCAUUAUUUUUGGAAAACGAUUUAACAGUUCAAAGGGAAUUAAUAAGUGCAAUUCUGAAUUUAUUAAUAUUUGAAAAUUCUAUAGUUUCACCAGAGAAAGGAUUUAAAAUAUUCGAGUUAAGUUUUUUCAAAGAAUUAUUAAAAUUCCAUUUGAAAAAUAAUUUGUACUAUAUGUCUAUAGGAACAAUAUCUCUAUCAAUCUCGAUUCCAUUUUGGAAUCUAGCUGAGGAGAAUAAUGAGAUUUUUUUAAUAACAACUAGUUAUCAAAAUCUUUCUUUAACGAUAUCUUGCUAUUUUGAAUUAAUCAAAAUGUUAGAUAUAGAUGAAGUGCUUGCACCUGAGGUUAAAAGAUUAUUAUGGAUAUGUGUUGAUAUGAAAGCAAGUUUUUCAAAAUUACUCGAAUUAUUUAAGAUGUGGAUGGAAUCGUCUUUAAGUGCCAAUUGGUUUGUUCUAUUGAGUAGUUUGUUUAAAAUUGAGAAGGGGAAGUUGUAUAAUGAAAUUUUCAGCAGUUAUAAAUCAAUUUUGACCAAGUAUGAUAAAAAAGAAAUUAAAGUUGAGAUAAAAGAUGAAGAAGUUCAAUCUAUGGCUAAUGCUGCUGAAGAAAGUGAGAGUGAGGAUAAUAAUUCCAAACAAAAAAACAAUGAUGCUGAGGAAGACAGACAUUCUAAUGGUAGAAGAGGAUCUAGAAGACAGAGUAGAGCUUCCUUUGAAAGUUUAAAUGAAACAACAGUUGAAUAUGAUCCAAUCGAUUGGAGAUUUAAGGCAUUUGUAUUAGAGUUGUUAAGAUAUUUACUAACGUUUAUUAAAACAAAUCCAGGUCUAUUUAACGAUCUUGCAAAAAAGAUUUCUGAUUUAAUUAAGAUAUCAUUUGGCGCAUCAACCUCAUCUGUUAUAGAAUUAAGAAUAAUUGGUAUUAAUCUUUUAGGAGAUAUAAUUACAAUUUAUUCGAAUAUUAUGGAUCCGUUAUAUCCAACUAUUCCAUUAUUAGAACAACAACAAGCACAGAUAAUAUCUGCUUUGACACCUGCUUUUAGUCAAGAUAGUUCUACUAUUCUUGCAAGUGAAGCGAUAAAUGUGUGCGCAAAAUUUAUUGGGUCUGGAAUUUCAUCAUUAUCAAAAUUAGAAAGAAUUUUGAAUAUAUUAGUUAAUUCUUUGGAAGAGUUUUCAGGCCACGGCGAUAUGAAGAUUGGAGAUGUUCAAGUAUUAACAAAUCAAGGUAAAAAAAGAAUGAAGCUUUUCAUAUUAAAUGCUUGGGCAGAAUUGAAAAUAUGCGCCAAUAAUUUUAAUAGUGGCAAAGAUUUUAAAGAAUAUAAUAAAAGUAAUGAACCAGAUGAGGUAGGAAGUAAUGAACUUAAUAGAUUAAUCAAUGAACAUUAUGAUAUUUUAGUUCCAAUGUGGAUUUUAUCAUUAAGAGAAUUUGCAACAUUAAAAUAUGGUGGUGGAUUUGAAGAAAUCUCAGAUAAACGGGUUGAAUUAUUUUUAUAUGAGUCAUGUUGGAUAAAUUUUGUGGAUGUAAUUGGAUGUAUAAUUGAAGAGAAAGAGGAAUUUAUAUUUGAGUUGUUGAAAAAUGAUAUUGGUAAUUUUUUCUUUAUAUUAUAUGCACAAUGUAUUGAGCUAUUAAUAAAGCCAUCUAGUUAUUUAUAUUCCAAGUCAUUACUUUCUACUACAAGUAAGUCUAAUAACCAUAUUAGGAUAUUGAUUGCAUUGAAUAAGUUAUUACAUUCAAAGAUAUCGUCUCAUGUUAUAUUUCAAGAUUUGAUAUUUUCUGAGACAAUUGAUCUAUUUAAUCGAUUAAUUUUAGUUAGUGAAGAUAAAGAGAAGAUUAUAAUAGUUGAUCUUGUUAGUGGACUAUUUUCAAGUUAUUUUAAUGGAAAGGAAAAUACUGAGGAUUUCAAUUCUGAUAUUGAUAAAUUGUUUGAGUUGUUAAGAAUUGUUAUGAUUUCCAUUGGGAGUAUCCUACCAUUUAUAUCCAAUGACGAGAGAAAAGAAGGAGAGCAAGAAGGAGAAGAAGAAAGACAAAUUGAAUUAAGUCAUGAUAAAUUAUUAAUUUUAAAGAAUUCAUUUAAUUCAAUAAGCAUGAUGAUUAAUAAAUUUCCUAAAUUGAUUCGAAUUGAUUUGAUUUCGUGUUUAUUAUAUAUUUUGACAACAAUUUAUUCCAGAAAAUUGAAGCAAAGAAAUGAGAUUAUUCCGAUAAUUUUGCCAACAUUGAAAACACUUUUGAUUGGAUUGAUUAAUGAUGGAUGCUAUUCUAUUAUAUCCGAUUUUUAUAAUGUUUUAAGUGGACUAAUCGGGGACGAUAAGAAUUCGUUUUUGACGUUGAUGGUUUUGAUAACGACAUGCUCUAAAUAUUUUGAAAUUAAUGAGGAGAAUAGCAAAUUAAUGGUCAAGACGUUGAGUGAAUGGAUAUUAGGGAAGGAGACAUUAGCCUUUGCUAUUCAGUCGAUAAAGUCAUUAAUCAUUUCAUCGGUUAAGGAGAAUGGUGGAUCAGCAGGAAUAGUUGUUAAACGGUUAUUACCAACACUUCUUGAAAUUUUAUUGGAAGACGAGGGAGGUAAAAUUGAAGAGCCAAGGUUAAUAAUUGAGAUGUUUGUUUUGUUGGCCAAAACAUUGAACAACAGUAAAAACGAGGAAAAUAAGAAAAAUGUUGAGAGUAAAUUGAUCUCAAUUUACUCGAUUAUAAUUCCGUUGUUUUGCUGGUUUGACAAGAAUUCGAAGAUCAGUUCAAAGUCGUUGAGAGUGUAUUUCCACAACAAGUUGAUAGAGUUGGUGACAAUGAAUUCCGAGACAUUUAAAAUAGUGGUAAAUGAGGUGUUGUCGGCAGAACAACGACAAGAAACCGAGAAGUUGGUCAAGUUUGAUGUCAACGAUAGGGACAACAGCAGCUCAGACGAUGGCGAGUCGGAAAAGCAGCAGCAGCAGCACAUCCAGUUGAAGAUGUUCGACUCCAACUGAACGGGAUUCGGACGACUAAUUAGCUUAUCUUUCCUCACCGAGCUCUCUCUACGAGGCCUCUGGGGCCAAUCCAGCCCGAUUUCCGGUUCGCACCGGCAGCAAAAGCAGCACCAGCCGCAGCCGCAGCAGCACGCGCC